AUGAGAAGUAAAAGCGAGUUGAUGUUUUUCCCAUUCAUUCUGGUGAUGAUUGUGUCAGUGACUGUUGGUAGUAAACAGUUACAGUGUGGCGAAGAUGAAAUGGCAAAUUUCCAGAACCCACCAGAUGGAGUAUGCAGUAGUAUGCACAUCAGAAGAAACAUGAGCCAGUUUCGCAAGCUGGAAAACUGCACUGUAAUAGAAGGAUUUCUACGCAUAUCACUGAUAGAGAAAAUCAGCUCCGAGGAAUAUGACAAGUGGAGCUUUCCUGAGCUGCGGGAGAUUACAGAUUAUCUUACACUUUUCCGUGUUUAUGGGCUGAAGUCACUGAAAAAGCUGUUCCCCAACUUAGCAGUCAUCGGAGGGCGCCAACUGUUCAACAACUAUGCUCUGGUGGCUUUUGAAAUGACAGAUCUGGAAGACCUCGGGUUGGUGAGUUUGCGCACCAUAAGCCGCGGCGGGGUUAGAAUUGCCAAGAGUAAAAAGCUGUGCUAUGUGGAUACAGUGGAUUGGGGUCUUCUGGGUGUAGACCCUUUAGCACAGGAUUUCAGAGACAACAAGGAGGAGAGCCAGUGUGCAAAUUAUUGCCCCAAGGAAUGCCUAACAACAAAAGUUGGAAAUGUUGAAGCUAAACGUUGUUGGACAUCAGAACACUGUCAGCUAGGGCUCAAUUGUCAUUGUAAGAUGAACCAGACCUGCAUGGAAAAUGGCACAUGUUGUCAUGAAUACUGCCUGGGAGGGUGCAGUGGUCCUGGACCAGAGGACUGCUUCAGCUGCAAAGAAGUUACUUACCUGGGUAGAUGCCUUGAAGAGUGUCCACCUGAGACUUACAAGUAUGCUGACAGACGAUGCCUCACUGCAAAAGAGUGCUUUGCCAUGGUCAACAAUACGGAAGACCCAACAAAGAAUAGCAAAAUUGUGCGCAGCGAAAAGGCAGAGUUGAGAAUUUGUGACACCCAGUGCCCACAACACUACACUGUUCAAGAGGAGGGAGAACUGAAGAAUUUAGAGUGUGUCAAAUGUAAAGGAUUCUGCCCAAAAGUUUGCAAUGGUUCUGAAGUGAACAGCAUUGAAGAUGCACAGAAACUGAGUGGCUGCAGCAAAAUUACUGGAAAUCUGUAUAUACAAAUUAUGGGAGGCAGUAAUGUUGCUAAUGAGAUGGAAGAGAAUCUUGGCAAUAUAAAAGAGGUGACUGGAUCUGUCAUCGUCAGGAGGUCAUAUGCUCUGCUGACCCUUUACUUUUUACGAAGCUUGGAGAUUAUUGGAGGAGAAAAUCUCAACACUGAGAAGAGUAGCUUCACUGUAAUGGACAACAGCAACUUACAAGAUCUGUUCCCCGAGGAACAAAUGAAAAAGAUCAAGAUUAAGAACGGCACAGUAUCUUUCCAUUCCAACCGCAAGCUUUGUGAGCACAAAAUCAGACGUUUUGUACGAUAUUUGAACAUGACAGAGUCGGAUCAAGACAUUGGGGGAACAAAUGGCAAUCUCAUUCCAUGUAUUGAGCGUGAACUGAGCUUGAACGUGACACACAUUUUCCACAAUGCAGCUGUGCUGAAAUGGGAGAAAGACACCGCAGACGGCAGACAUGUGUUGGCUUACAUUAUAAAUUAUAAAGAGAUAAAAUCCAAAGAUGAUGAAAUCAACAUAUAUGAGGGGCGAGAUGCAUGCUCGGCAGAUGUGUGGAUGACCAAUGAAGUAUUGCACAUCAACGAAACGGCGGCAAGUGAGUCGUACGUUCUGAACGAUCUCAAAGCGUAUACUGACUAUGCUGUGUAUGUUCAGGCUUACACACUUUCAACAGCAACUUAUUCUGCAAUGACAACUAUAAAGACCUUCAAGACAAAUCCAUACUACCCAUCUGAACCAUUGGAUCUGGAGGUCAACUCUGAUGAUCCCCAUGAGCUGUAUGUCAAGUGGAAGCCACCCAAAUACCCAAAUGGAAUUGUUACUCAUUACAAAGUCUUGUACCAGAAACAGGAGCUGGAUAUUAAGUCUUUUGAACAAAGAAACUAUUGUAUUCAACCAAUUUCAGCGCCUAGUGAGACCACAAAGAGCAAAGAAGAGGAAGCAGAGAAGGUGCAGAACAUUACUUCUGGCUGCUGUGCAUGUCCAAAGUCCAAAGAAGAAAAGGAAGCCGAAGCUAGAAAGCGGGAGAUUGAGAUUUAUUUUGAGAAUUAUCUUCAUGAUCAAGUUUACUGUCAAAG